AUGGGGGACUUCAACGUGGCGCUGGUGAUCGUGGCGGCGGUGGUGAGCGUGCUGGUGCUGCUCGUCAACUACCAGCACCCCGACGACGCCAACCAGGCCUACUUCCCCAAGCGCGUCGUCGUGCUCGGCCUCACCGUCGCCGUCCUCUCCAUCCUCAUGCUCCCCGCCGACGUCGCCAACCGCCAGGCAUGCCGCAAGGCCGUCUACAACGGGGCUUGCAACCUCACGCUCCCCAUGAAGACGCUCUGGCUCGUCGUCUACAUCGUCGACGCCGUCUUCGUCUUCCUCGUCAUCCCUUUCGCCAUGUUCUACUACGAGGGCGGCCAGGACAAGUCCGUCGGGAAGAGGCUCAGGACCGCUCUCAUGUGGGUCGUCGCGUCCGCGGUGGUGCGGCCUCGUCCUCGGCAUCUUAUACGUCAUAUGACUAUGGGAGAAAACUGUACUGCUUUUUUGAUAGUUACAUUGCAUAGAAUGGGACUUGUUGGUAAAGUGGACUUCACUGUCAGGCACCUAUCUUCAAUGGUCCAGACAUUUCCAAACUCAUUUUCUGGAUUCUCAAGUGGCCAGCCUUGCUUUAGUCAAUUGCCCCGUGUGAUAUUUGGUGGUGUCGGAAUUGCCUGCCUUCCAUUGGGACUUAUAUUCUCAUUUAUCCGGCGUCCAAAAGCUGUAAUUACACGCUCACAAUAUAUAAAGGAAGCAACUGAAUUGGGAAAGAAGGCCAGGGAGUUGAAAAAAGCGGCUGAAGCUCUUCACCAAGAAGAAAGAAGUGGGAACAAGGGCCGGAAAUGGCGCAAAAACGUGAAGGCUUUAGAAAAGGAGUUAUUACUUCUGGAAGAUGACAUGAAGGCUCUAGAAGAGAUGUAUCCUCAAGGAGAACAGGCUGAGGCUACUUGGGCAUUCACAGUCCUUGGGUACAUUGGAAAACUUAUAUUUGGUGUUGUUGGGUUAAUUGUUUCAAUAGCUUGGGUUGCACAUAUCGUCAUAUACUUGUUGAUUGAUCCUCCCCUAUCUUCUUUCCUGAAUGAAAUCUUCAUAAAGUUGGAUGGUGUUUGGGGUCUCCUUGUGACUGCUGCUUUCGCGUUCUUCUGCUUCUAUCUCCUUAUUGCAGUGAUUGCUGGGGAGAUGAUGCUUGGUUUGAAACUUGUUUUCAUCACAAUUCACCCGAUGAAAUGGGGAGGCACUUUAAUGAACUCCUUCCUGUUUAAUGUUGGGCUCAUACUACUUUGCUCCAUCAGUGUAAUUCAGUUCUGUGCCACGGCUUUUGCCUACUAUGCACAAGCAACUGCUGCUCAAGAGAUAUUUGGCCACACAUUGCAAUCCCUUUGUGGAAUUAAGUAUCUUUACAAGUACAAUGUUUUCCAGUAUGGCUUUGUUGCUCUUGCCAUCCUCACACUCUUCUACUAUACUAUAUUUGUAAGUCCUUUUCAUCAAGUGCUUAGUCAAUAG